AAACUAAUGCUCGCUACAGUAGGUCGAAUUCGAAUUAAAAGAGUUAGCAAAAUGGCGAGCGCAGCAUUGAAAAUUUUUACUUUGUGCAUUUUAUUUGCCCUUUCGAAGGGCAAAGUGCUUAAAAUUGUAAAUAACAACCCUAGCGUCCUCGCAGUCAAUGUCGGUGGUGCCGAACACACCGUGGCUAGCAACUCAUUGGUCGCCGUAGUAGUGGCAGACGAUUUUUCAGACUCCAUAACAGCUGUUCCAGCGAAUGCAGAAGUAACAGACGGCCCCAGGACGAAGAUUGAGCUGAGUCUAGGUGCGGUGGACACCUACGUGGUCUCGUUGGUGGACGGGUUCAACUUGGGUGCCAAAAUUAUUCCCACCGGUUCGGUGGCCUGUUCUCCUUCGCUGUGUGCGGCUUCUAUCAACUCUUUGUGUCCCGUUGAAAAUCAAGUUGCCAACAGUUUAGGGACGGUUGUCGCUUGCAAAAACUCGCCGGCCGUGAUGUCGUCCGUUUGUCCAUUGGCUUUGGUCAACGAAGGAGAUGUGACCAAGACUCAGAGUUGCGUCACUGCGACGUCGUACAUGGUACACUUUAAUUAACCCGAAAUUGUUCAGAUAAUUUUGACUGCCCUUGUAAGAUAUUAUUAGAAAAGUUAAUAAAAUUUUGUA